AAAACACCAAACAGCCUCGCGGAGUUAAGGGACGGGACGGGUGUCCGGCGCCGGAGGGAACCUCAUGGAGAGCUCCAGCGCCUGGUGGCAGCUCCUGCUGGGGCUUUGGAUCGCCUUCUCCGCCUUCAGCGGCAUCCGAGGAAUGCCGGCCAGCUGAUCUUCCAGAAACUGGAAAACCAUGUGACUGGCACACAUGCGCACUCCGGCAACUAGAAGCUCAGCUUCCCAGUGCACCAGAGGUGAUUUCUGUGAGGUAAAUCAAUGCCAGAAUGGAGGAACGUGCUUGAAGAGUCUAGAAGAUCAGUCUCCUUUCUUCUGCGUCUGUGAAGAUGGCUUCACUGGCCCAACCUGCAAUGAAACUGAGAAAGGUCCCUGCCAUCCAAAUCCAUGCAAGAACGAGGGGGAAUGCAGGUUACUUCCCAAUCGGGGUGAUGCCUUCAGUGAAUACAUGUGCAUAUGUCGUCCCGGGUAUAACGGCAAACACUGCCAGCACAACAUGAAUGAAUGCGUUUCCCAGCCUUGCAAGAAUGGAGGGACCUGCCUGGAUCUGAAGGGCAACUUCGACUGUAAAUGCCCCUCACCCUUCGUGGGGAAGACCUGCCAGAUGCGCUGCAGAGAUGAGCUGGGCAUGCAGACAAGAGCUAUUGCAGACACCCAGCUUACAGCAUCAUCAAUGUAUUACGGCUUCCUGGGCGUGCAACGCUGGAGCCCUGAACUCGCUCGCCUCCACAACGGAGGAGUUGUGAACGCCUGGACAGCCAGCAGCUAUGACAAAAAGCCUUGGAUUCAGGUCAAUCUGUUGAAAACAAUGUUCCUCUCUGGGAUUGUUACUCAAGGGGCAGGCCGUGGAGGAUUCUCAGAGUACGUCCAGACUUACAAAGUUUCCUACAGUCUAGAUGGACGAGUAUUUCAAUUCUACAAAGAUGAGAACCAGAACCAGGAAAAGAUUUUCUCGGGCAAUCAAGACAAACAUACCCCAGUGACCAACAUGUUUCAUUCUCCAAUCAUCGCCCAGUAUUUCCGAAUCCAUCCAGGGACGUGCUAUCGUGGCUGCACGAUGCGGUUUGAACUGAUUGGCUGUGAAAUGAAUGUGUAUUUCAACACGGCAGGUUGCUUGGAUCCACUGGGCAUGAAGUCCCGUCUCAUCUCUGACCGGCAGAUCACAGCCUCCAGCGUGUACAAGACCUGGGGCAUAAGUAAGAUGGCUUGGCACCCUUACUACGCUCGCCUUGAUAACACUGGGAAAUCCAAUGCCUGGACUGCCCUCACUAACAAGGCAGGCGAGUGGCUUCAGAUUGAUCUUCAGAAAUUGAAAAAAGUGACUGGGAUCGUAACACAGGGAGCACGAGAUUUUGGACACAUCCAAUACGUAGCAGCCUACAAAGUGGCCUACAGCAAUGAUGGGAAAACCUGGACUUUGUACCAUGACAGCAGGACAAACAGCAUCAAGAUAUUCCAAGGCAACCAUGACAACAAUUCUCACAAGAAGAACGUGUUUGAUGCGCCCUUCUACGCCCGCUUUGUCCGCAUCUUCCCCGAGGCUUGGCACAACCGCAUCACUUUGCGAAUGGAACUCCUGGGAUGCGACGAGUAGAUGGUUGACCAUAGGAGAGAUGAGGGGGUCAAGAAUCGGACUGCUCCACAUCUCCCCAUGGAUGCUCUUUCCCUUUUUUCCCCCCUCAGAGAUCCCGUGGGGCUUUCAAUCUUUAUCAUCAUCUCCUCCAUCUUUUAUUUUUUGCACCGUUCGUAAGAAUGUCUCGUCUUUCACGGGUUGGGCGUUGCCAAGCUUUUAAAGAUGGUAUCAGGAGCUGGUGAAAGAAGGAAUUUUAGUAUGUCCUACCUGGCGCUUUUCUGCCCCUUCUUGCUUUCUCAAAUUAUGCGGCUGGCUCUUUGAGGCAGGGUUGCCCGGUCUGUAUGAUUGCGGUACGGCCUUCUCAAUGGGUUCCCAACACUGCACUUUAAGGACCCUUUUUCUGUGGCAGGACUCUCUAUUUUUAAAGUCCUGCCAAGUUUCGGGUUCUCCUGGAGCAUGACCAAACACUGUAGAUUUCAGUCAGUUUUUCGCAGUCAUUCUUUCUCUCCAAGGCACCCUCAAAACUAUAAUUUGGGGAAACUUUGAGCUCUCUAGCAGAGGUCCUCCCUUCCUCUAGCAAUUACAGUCCCCAGGAUUCUGUUUUUAGACAGCUGAUGUGCAUUUUAUGGAACAUCCCGGUUUUGAAAAUUAAAUAGAUGCGCCCAGUUUUGUGUGUCAGUCCAGUUGCUGAGGGAGAAUAAGUCAUCUUCGCUAAUCCUUCUCCCGCCUGAGAAACAUACGUCACAAUGCUCUCAGCUCCAGCCAAUUCCCACCUGUUCCCACCUAUUUAACUUUGCCACCAUGAGGGCUAGAAACUUUAUUUCCUUUUUUAGCCAUGAGAACUAGAUUUUUCACUUGCAGGAAUUCUGCUUUUAGACAGCUGGUGUGCAUUUUAUGGACAAAGGAACAGGUAGUUUUGCCAUCUCGGUUUUGGGAAUUAAAUAGAUGCGCCGAGUUGUUGUGUGUGUGUGUGUGUGUGUGUGUGUGUGUGUGUGUGUGUAUGUGUGUGUGUGUAUUGUUCCACUCCAGCUGCUGAGGGAGAAUAAGUCAUCUUCGCUAAUCCUUCUCCUGCCUGAGGAACCUACAUCACAAUUCUCUCAGCUCCAGCCAAUUCCUACCUGCGCUUCUAUUUAACUUUGCUACCAUGAGGGCUAGAAAGUUUAUUUUCUUUUUUUUUGUUAAGCCACGAGAAUGAGAUUUUUCACUUGCACGGAUCUUGCUGUUUUGUCUU